GUUUUUUCAAAACGUGAGUGAACUGAUUAUGAAAAAGGUCUGCCGUCUGCUAAAACCAGUAAUGGAGAGUUCUGUGGACUGUGCUAUGCCCAAUGACGCAAGGUCAAAGGAGUUUGUGCAGUUGUUGAACAAGUUAAAAGAAUUGGGUCCAGACUGGGCAGUAUAUCAUGAUGAAACAUCAGUCUUGGAUGAAAAUGGUUCCAGGGGUUUCUUAAUGCAUUCAGCUAGUGAUGAUCCUUGGAAAUAUUUUCGGAAUGAAUUCUUCUAUAACUCCAAGCUGAAUUGUGUAAAAGGUGUUGUCCAUUUUGGAUUUCAUACAAGAGGCUUUCCAGGGUACAAGGGUUUAGUGAUUAUAUAUACAAUACUCAGAAUAUCCACUAGCAACACCACAUUUCACUCAAAAGUUAUUCUGACUAUAAGUGUAGAAUGGUAAUGUAAUCAGUCUGUGACAUAACAUAGCCAAUGUCAAGCGGCCACCCCCUGGGUCCCCCUCCUGUGGUAGCAACAAGAUCAAGGGAUGGUAGGUGGGUGAUUCCUGGCCUGGGACAAAAAGUGGCCAAAACUCACUGAGAUUAUGAAAUCACAAAUAAAUUAUAGUCACAAACUAUCACAUAUUAUGUUACAAGACUCUAAAAAGGCACAAAUAAAUUAUAGUCACAAACUAUCAUAUAUUAUAUUACAAGACUAAAAAGGCAAUAGACCUUUUGCAUAAUGAUGUAUUAAGCUGUGACGCCUGCAAGGAAUUCUGUGACUACUGGAGCAGUGACGACUGAGACCAGAAUUCCCUGCAGGUGUCACGGCUUGUUACAUCAUUAUGCAUAAGGUCUAUUCAUGACAGACCAAAGUCUGGGCAUUUUUUUAUCUUAUAUAUACGUACAAUAGUUUUCAAUUUGGUUAAACUUUAUUGACCAAUGAGCUUCCUUAAUUGCCUCCUCUAGGGUGGUCCAUGGUGGUGCCAUUUCAACUAUGUUAGAUGCUGCAAUGGCUGCUGUAGCAAAUAGCUAUAGCGAAAGCAUUGCCAAGCAGCUGCCACUGUAAAUCUAAAUACUGAUUAUGUCAGGAUUGAAGAUCCCCACAAGAUCACCAAAAUGGACAAGGAAGCUAUUGUAUGAAGGGGACAGGGUAACCUGAAGUUAGUGAAACAAUAUCCGGCUGAGAUACGGAGCAGACUGAUCACUGAAGCACAGAUAUGGAAUGGGAUUUCAUUGGAUAAAAAUUCUCCGAUCUUAGAAGGAAAAAUGCUGAUGUACAAGUUGAUAAAAUUGCUAGAUAUAUUGGAAGCGAUGGGUGUGGCACUACUGUUAUGGCUAGCGGUAACCAUUUCACGCAAGCAAAAUAUUUUAAAAUAUGGUAAGACAUACGAGACGUUUUUCAGGUAAGUUUUUUAUUUAUCUACAUUUCUAUAAGCGUUGGCGGUUGCAUUUGAAAUUUUGAAUCACAGAGCGAAGCUUCGUUAAAGGUAACCUAUUAUAUUUUUGCACAAUGUAUUUUUAUAUUUUUGCUCGAAAAUUCCAAGUGUUUAUUUCGAAUUUGAAACCAAGGCAGAUAUAUUACUAGAUCUGCCAUUCUAAGCGUAUAUUUGGCAGAUAAUCAAAUCUUUGCUAAACAGUUCCCAUUUCCCCUUGAAUGUUUGUGUAUUCAAACAUUUUUUAAAUAGCUAAAAAAAUCCUACGACCCGCUGUGUACAUUGUGGACUAAAACAUAUAGCACGUCAUUGUUUGAUGACGUAUAUUGUAUUGUUCGACCUCUUCCCCCCCGUCUUAGAUUUUCUCAUGAACCGCUUCAGAUAUUUUGCUUAUUCCGGUCUGAAUUAUGGGUCAAUUCAUAUCUUACGAUAAUAAUAUAUAACCAAUACGAACUAACAUCCCCAAGUGCAUGAUAAAUGUGCAUCAGUAAAGUGGUGGGAUAUUUUGCAUGAACAGUUUGAGUAAAAUUAGGUCUCUCCUGCGUUUUCUCUCAGUUGACUGAGUUAAGCAUGGUUAGAUCAUGCAGAGGUGGUACAUGUUCUUGAAUGAGAGCUACCUUAAAGUGGUCUGAUGUUGUACAGAACUCAUGUGAGUAGAGUUAAGUCUCUCCUGUGUUCUCUCUCAGUUGACUGAGUUAAGCAUGGUUAGAUCAUGCAGAGGUGGUACAUGUUCUUGAAUGAGAGCUACCUUAAAGUGGUCUGAUGUUGUACAGAACUCAUGUGAGUAGAGUUAAGUCUCUCCUGUGUUCCCUCUCAGUCUCAGUUGACUGAGCUAAGCAUGGUUAGAUCAUGCAGAGGUGUUCCAAGUCAUAUAAUCGAAUGUUCUUUUUUUAAUAUACACCAGGUUCAUUCUCAUCUUAAUCUGCAUAGUUGCCCAGAUCUCCAUUUAUACAGGUCAUACAGCAACUUGCAUUUUUGGGUGAAAUUCGAUACAUUAAAAACUGGUCGAACAAUUAAAAAAAUUAUUCAAAAGCUCAGUGACAAAGGGGUCACGCAAAUAUCAAUUCACAUCGUCACAUGUCGUCAAUGACAACACAUCAAUUUCAUGAUAUAAUACUAUAAUGUUGAUUCAAUCUAGAAAUAAAUAAUUGCAGAUAAAAACAUCGCCCACUUAUCUGCCUUUGGCCUUGAACUUUUGCAAUUUUCCACGAACCGCCUUGCGGGAAAAUUUACAGGUAUCCUAUCCUUCAAAAUGAUGAAAAUAUCAUUUAGCAUACGGCAAAAAUUUGAUGGCAGUUGGUAGUUUCAGACAGACUAAAAGGUCUCUGUAUAUUUUUGGUACAUUCAAAUCAUUUGUGAAUUUGUGAAAUAAAAGUUUAUUUUUUAAAAUUUCAUUUACAAACCUUGCCCACGCAACUUGAGUUAUUCCCAGUAAACCAUUAAAAUAUCACAAUAUCCUGACUUCCCAGAAUCGAACAGAGUCGGGCAUAGCGAUAAUUACAUAUACCGAUAUCGAACGAGUGUUACAGCGCAUGUUUUUGGCAGCUGGCGUUAACUGCUAGGUUACGGAGAUAAUUAGCUACUAAUAGUCUACGAUGAAAGAUCUGAGGUUAUAUUGUUUGUUUACUGUGAUGAAAGCGCUUUAAAUAUAGAAAGCUGAUGUAUUCUCUUCGGAUAGCCCUGGGAACGAACGAUUUAUAAUGGUUAAAACCUAUAAAAGGAGUGUUAAUGAUUAGGAAUUGUCGCUGUGAGAGUGUGUAUGUAUUUCGUGAGCUUCUUAGCUCCCUGUAGUUCGUGAUUGCAAUGUCAACCGUGAAUCAACGCCUUCAUCGAAGACCUAUUUCGCCCAUAUAUCAUCAAAUGACUCCAAAAACAAUCGCCAACAUCGCGUGUAGUCAGUAAACUGAGAAACUCGCUUGCUUUUCCUAAAAACUGUCUCAGUUAUAGAAGAGAUUUGCGACUCAGACAAGUGAUAUAUCGUAAAUACCUAAUGUUCAAAUCGUCUGAAUAUUGUUUAUAGUAAAUUCUUUGAGGUGAGGUCGUGCAACUUUGCAUGCUUUUGGGAACAAAUCGGACCCUCUCACUCACGUCAUUUCCCGCAAUUUAAAUAUUUUUAAUCAAUAGCGGUUAUAUAACAAGGGUUAUGUCCAGUUGACGUUCAACUCUUAUGCUAAGGUCGUGUUUAGAAAAAAAAAGAAGCACGUCAAAUUAAAGUGUAGUGGUCACAUUCAGGAUGUGCUUGUUGUUUUGAUUGCAAGUGACAGACAGAAUAGUUUGGUGACGAACAGAACGGCGAUGCUGCCUGAUGCCAGAAAAUGAGCUUUGAGUCUAUCAACAUCUUUCUUUCCAACCCAAUAUGGGAACCUGCGCGAAUUGUAUUUGUUGAAAGAGAAAGGAAUGAUUCAGAGGAACAGCUUCAAAAUAAACUACUCAACCGUAAGAGGGGAAAUCCCAUAAAAAUGAAUAAGCUACAACAAUCCACGAUUCGAUUUUCAAACAUCGCCUACAGUUCUCGAUAAUUCCAUAACACUUAUACUUCACGAUCAUACCUGCCUUAAAAUUUAACGAUGCCACGGAAGAAAAAGAAACAAUCGAGCAUCACAACUGGUUCCAACAAACACGAAGCCGUUAAACUUGAAGCGAAAACUGAAAGGACCACAUCAAGUCCCAGAGCGGACUGGAAAAAAGUCUCGGUGAAACACAAGAAAAAAUUUGAACGACUUUUAAAAGUGUGGGACACUAGCCCGGAACUGAUAACCAUGGUAAAUGACAACGGCGUGUGUUUUGAGGAAGAGUAUAUGAUAGGCCGCGGCAGUUAUGGCACGGAGGUGUAUAUUUGUUUGGGCUUAGACGGAAUAGAACGAGCGAUAAAACGUUUGCCGAAACAGCUGUGCAAGAAAUUCUUAAAAAAUGAACGAGAUAUCUUGAAUUCUCCAAAUGCAGUCGAGUCGCCACGGAUCGUGAACUACUGUUUCUACGAUGACACAUCUAGCCGCGAUUUCGGUUUCUUGAUUUUGAACUUAUAUGAACAAAAUCUUGAAGAAUUUGUCAGGUUUGAAGGUAAAAACAUAACAGAAUCGUGUGCUCGAGAGAUGAUACGCCAAGUGCUUGAAGGCCUGCGAGCAUUGCACUCCAGAGAACCUAGAAUUCUUCACCGGGACUUAAAGCCAACUAAUAUUCUAGUCGACCUGAGAGGCAAUUUACUGUUGUCGGAUUUUGGUAUAGGACGAUUCUUCCCAGAAGAAGGUGCAACAACAUACAAUACUUCUAGCGAAAGUGGAUCGCACGGCUGGGUCGCAUACGAAUGUAUUGAUUGGGAAAAGUUGUUUUCAAACAAGAUGCCGAGCCAUUUGGAUGAACCAAUUCAACUCAAAUGGAAAGAGCAAUCAGAUAUCCAAGUGGCAGGCAUGUUAUUAUUUUACAUCCUAACAAAAGGGGAACAUCCGUUUGGUCCGCCCAUAAAGCAAAUGCAAUGUUUAUACGAGGAUAAAAAAGUUGGAUUAGCAGACCUCAAAGAUCCUGUGGUGAAAGACUUGCUCUUUCAGAUGUUGACUCAAAAGAUGGAAGAACGGCCAUAUGUUGAGCAAGCCUUGAAGCACCCUUACUUCCUCUCUCUCGAUGAGCAAAUGAGAUUUGUUGAAGCCCUGGGGAAUGAAAGCAAGAUGAAGAACGGCAAUGCUGUCUCCAAACAGCUGGACAGCCCUAAACGAUCCAAACCUCGAUGUUGGUUGCUACCAAAUAAUUGGAAAGACGAAAUUGGUCCUGAUGACCUUCGGAUGUUAUGUAGCGGAGAUAAUCAGAGAGAACCCCAGCUGGAAAAGACUCCCAGUCUUGGAAGAGCUUUUUCCUGUGAUAAACCGUCGUUCAGUGUCUGAGUCUGAUGCAGAUUAAAGUAUAUAUGC